AUGGCUGAAGCUCUCAAUAUCCCGAAGCACUCCAUCUUUCACUCCAUCGAUGCUUCCUCCAAGGCCUUUGACAGCUGGAAGCAGCGAAGUUUGGCAGAUCGCGGGCAAACCUUGUUGAAUUGCUCUGCCGCUCUUGAGACGCAAAAGCAAGAGCUUACAAACCUGCUCUGCGCCGAGAACGGAAAGCCAGCUCUCGACGCGGCUUUGGAUGUGGCCUUUAUCAUCCAGGUCUUUGGUUUCUUCGGCUCCUUGAUCGACAAGCUUCCUGGACAGUUCAUGAUCGCGGAGUCGUCUAUUCUUCCGUUAUCCGGGAGCCGCUUGGCUCCCUUGACAGUGAUGCGGAUCAUCGAGAUCCUACAAACCGUCCUCCCCAAGGGCGUUGUGCAGGCCAUCCCAGGAGCUGGAGCUGAGGUCGCACAGCUGCUCAUUGAGAGCCCUGCAGUCAAGAUGAUCUCGCUGACUGGAUCUACUGCUGCCGGCGCUGCUGUCGCUAAAACGGCUUCGAAGCUUGUCAAGCGCACCGCGUUGGAGAUUGGUGGCAAGAACGCAUUCAUUGUCUUUGACGACUGCGAUAUGGAUCGAGCGGUCAAGGGUGCUUUGGAGGGCGCCUAUCUUAGUAAGGACUGGCCGCUGCAGUACGCGGAUUGCGAGUCGGAAAUGGAUUUGACGAGCAGGAACGGUCUGGUCAAAAGUUACAUUGCCUUGGGAAGUGAAGAGGGUGCCAAGAUUGCGGCCCAGGCUGACUUGCCUUCGGACCCUUCCCUUAAGGACGGCUACUUCGUCGCGCUGACGCUUUUUAGGGACGUGGUACGCACAAUGCGCAUCGCCCAAGAGGAAAUAUUUGGCCCUGUGGCGACUGUUUGCUCGUUCAGUAGCGAGGAAGAGGCUGUCUUUGUUGUUAACGAGUCGCGAUACGGACUUGUGGCCGUAAUUUGGGCAUACCCAACGGUAGCCAAUAGUACCUAG